AUGCUACUCAAAAAUCUUCUAAUAUUCAUAAGUCUACAGAAUGCAAUAGCGAAAUCAAUUAAACUCAACUCCAUUUAUGAUGAUUUAAUGAACAGUGUUCCAGAUUACUCUCGGUUUUUUACUGUGAAUGAACUCUUUAAUCAUUCACAUGCUAUUGCAAUGAAUCACACUGGUCUUGUUCGAUAUCAAAUUAUUGGUUAUUCUCGAAAUGGUGAAGCUAUUUCAAUGCUGACAAUAAGUAAUGGAAGUAAAUCUUUGUUACUCUAUGCAUGUCCACAUCCCAACGAACCAAUCGGAUCUCUUCUAAUUGAUUUUCUUCUCAACGAAUUAUUCAAUUACUCCGAACUACUCACGAAAUACACAUGGCAUUUAAUACCCUGCAUUGAUCCUGAUGGUACACGUCUCAAUGAAGGCUGGUUCAAUGGACCAUUUACGAUUCGGAAUUAUGCGCGAUAUUUCUGUCGACCACGAACAGAAGAGCAAGUCGAAUGGACAUUUCCAAUCACAUACAAAAACUAUAGUUGGACAACACCAUCAAAUGAAACUCAGGCAUUGAUGUAUGCUAUUCGAUUAACUCAACCAGAUCUCGUCUACGGUUUACAUAAUUCUGGCUUUGGCGGCAUGUACUAUUAUAUUAGCCAGCCUUUGACGGAUGUUUUUCCUCAAUUAGAACAGCUGCCGUCAGUGUUGGGUUUAUUUCUGGCCAAAGGUGAAGCUGAGGCACCAUGGGUUACUGAGUAUGCACCUGCUAUCUUUAGUCCGUUGAGUUUGCCGAGAUUGUAUGAUUACUACGAGAAAUAUACGCAUAGUGAUCCUAAAACAAUGAUGUCAGGCGGUGGAACGAGUUUUGAUUAUUUGAAUGAACUUGGCUUGAAUAAAACUAUCUUUCUCAUGGCUGAGUUACCAUAUUUUCAAUCGGCUAGUAUAACGAAUGACACGAUCAUACCGAAUGUUACAAGACGUGAUGUUCUUCUUCAAGGAUUAGACAAGGACAAUCAAAGUAAUAUCAUACUCAUGCAUUUACUUGAACAAAUUAAACCAGCGAUGACAAUUGAUUCAUCAUUCUAUCGAGCAUCUCGUUCAUUACUAGAAAUUUAUAAUGCUACAGCUGCAAGUCGACGUGAAGCUGUGCUCAACAAUAAUUCCACACUUGUACCAGCUACUAUUGCUAGUCGUGUCGACGCAUUAUACAUUUCAGUCUUUUAUAAAAUGUUGAUUGCGAGUAUGCUAGAUCGCGCUAUUACAUGUCAACUGCAACAACCAUAUUCGGAUAGACAAUUACUUGAAAGUGUACAGAUGGAAUUGGAAGCUCAUCUGAAUCAGUGGAUAGAUGAUAUCGAACAGAACUUAUCGUACUCAAUUAUUCGUAUUCGCAAUCUUGUACAAGCUCAAUUAGCAACAAUGUUGAUAGUUUUACAGAACAUUUAA